UGUCGCGGUCUGGACUGUGAGCUGGGGUUUAGUGGACAGUGACGAGCUUCACAGUGAAUUCCGCUGCAGUGAGGGCCUCAUGACUCGUGACGUCACCGCGAACGGGCAGGUUUCUCUUCUUUUCGCAGUCCGGCUCGACUUUCCCUGAAAACCACCACCAUGGAGGAGAGCUGGUGGCGGUGGUUCUGCUGCUGUCAGACUGGUUCUUCUCCUGAAGAGAGAGAGCCUUUGAUUGGGGAACCAGAGUCGGCAAGACAGUCUCGUCCACCUUCUAAUGGUUCGGUGCAAAGAAGCGGCAAUGUUGUUGUCCGGCACGUCGGCAUUCCAGAUGUAGACCAGCGCUUUGCAGACGUUGCGGAAAUGUUCAACAAACAGCAGCAACACUAUGAAUGUAUGGAGGAGAAGAGAAAAACUCUCAUGCACCGCUAUCGCUGUUUAGCCGGUGACAGCCUGUCUGACUGCCUGAAGAAGAUCAAGGACGAGCACGACACGCAUCAGGUCAGACUGCAGAUGAAGGGCUACGACUUUACCUUGGUUGUGACGCCUGAGGACGAAGUGCCUGAUAAGCUGCAGCGGACACAGGAGAACAUCAGUGAGCUGUGCAAAGCCGCCAAAGCCGUCGUGGCAGUUGGCACCAAGCUUCAGGAGAUGAUCAACUGGCUUCUGAAGGCAGAGGAAUCACUGACGGCACAGGUGAGGGAGGCAGCUAAAACACACCAGGAGCAAAAGCGGCUGGGAGGAAACCUCCAGGAGAACCUGCGGGAGGCUCGCAGGGCUAAAGAGCUGAGCCCUCGCUACAGGGAAGAGGCUGGGAAACUUCUCAAUGAGGCAGCCUUGCUGUCUGGUGUCACUCCAUAAAUUGACAUGUUUCCUCAGUAUCAGUACUGCCUUGCAUGUCCUCAUCGAUUUCCCCGUCACACAGCUAGCAGGCCACUUGGUUAACCAUGUUGAUGAAAAAGCUCACAUUGUACCAUUUGGACAUUUGUAUUUUUGCUUGGGUUUCAAGCUUAUCUGUUUAGUCUUGUGCUGCAUAUUCAAGAUGAUGAAUUUUGUUGUAUUUACAUUACAAUGAUGUCCAUUCCAUUCCACAAGCGAUCAGUUGCAGGCCAAGAGGGAACAAAAGAACAGCAGAGCUUUUAGUAGGAACACUCUUGUCCUCAGCAGAAAUAACAAAGCAUUGAGUUAAAAUUUCCAUAAUAAUUGUGCCUCAAAUUGUGGUGAGAAAACAACAAUUUUAAAAUCUUGAACAUUGUUGAUGUUUUAACUCAACUGCCACUACGCCAGCUUUGUGAGGCAAUUUUAUUUUUAGAGUCCAAACAUAACAAAUUAUAUUUAAUUAGUGCUGUGUUGCCCCACAGUUUUGUUUUGGAUUUUUGGGAUUUGAAAAAGGACAGUGUAUCAGAUCAUUAUGAUUUCUAGGUAGGUUUUGCUCCUAAAGUUCACACUUGCAGUUAUUGGUAAAAAAAAAAAUUCUGUAUAAUUCAGUUGUUGAGAUGUAAACAAAGUCCUGAGUGGUGGUGAUAGAAAUCAGGAGUCACAAUGUCUGCAACACACAUAUAGCCAUUUUAUUUACUUUCCACAUCAACUAGUGCGUCUAGUUUUAAUUGCGUUGAGUUUUAAUAUGUGAUGUUGAUAAUAAAAGAGUAGUAAAUCUAAGAAAAAAAAAGCUUCCUUUGCCUUACACUACCCUGUAUAUACUUAACCAUCAUGGAUAUAUAUAUACAUAUAUAUA